UUUACUUGCAUAAUUAAGUGUGGUCUAACAAUUUGGUUUACUCUUACUGUCAAAGUCAUGCUGUGUUUUACAUAGUUACUGUUAGUUAAGUGAAUGUAAACCUUGAAGGAUAUUGAGCUUGAACUUUAUUUGUAUUUGAAUGCACUUGUGUUUUAGUUUUCAUGUAAACUUCUUGAGCUGAACAACUUUUAAAGGUAGCUAAAUGCCAGUAUUUUGUGGACUUGUUUAAAAGAAAAAUACUUAAACUAUUUAAACAAAUAGGUUUUACUUGAAACACAGAAUAAUAAAAUGGGCGUAGGUAAUUCUUCUACUUUUGCUGAACGUUCGUCGACGGUUGGACACUUUUGUUGCACAUCUUGUGAGGAACAUAAUCUUCAGAAUUUGGCGGUCAUUUAUUGUGAGGAAUGCUCAAGGUUUUUUUGUAAAAAAUGUAUCAAACCUCAUGAAAAAUUGUUUAUGAAGCAUCGAACAAGUGGAAGGGGAGAUAUUAAGGAAUGGCCAGUUUCAAAGGAGGAUGCUUCUCUUUUACAUAAGGGAGGAGAUUUUCUUUCAAAUACAGAGGAUGAUUUUCUUUCGAAGGAGGAGGGAGAUUUUCUUUCAAAUAAAGAGGAUGAUUUUCUUUCGAAGGAGGAGGGGAAUUUUCUUUCAAAGGAGUUGGAGGAUUUUCUUUGGAAGUGUGACGAGCAUGUGGAUAAAAAACUGUCACAGUUUUGCCAUGACCACAGUCAGCUGUGCUGCUCUGAUUGUGUUGUAAAAAUUCACAGCCAGUGCAGUAAAGUGACUCCAAUUAAUGAGCUGACCAACAAGCAGCCCACAGACCUACAGGGCCUGUUAGUGGAGCUGGAAACUGUCUUGGGAGAAAUAAAAAGUCUUCAGAUCAGUCAGGAGGCCAGCGUUGAGUCAUUGCAGAAAACAUACAAUGAACAUGGGGCAGUCUUAAUAGAACAAGUGAGUGGCAAUUUAAAUGCUGAUAUAGAUAAGUGGGGAAAUAAGUAUUUGGGCACAUCGGGGAAAAGUAAGCAAUAUAUAAAAGAAGACAUGUGUAGAAGUGUACUUUCUAUCUUGAAUGAAUUUGAUAAUAUUACUGUGAAGGAACUAAACGAGAUGAAAGUUGAAGUCAUAAGCAUAAAAGGGUCAGUUACAAGUUCCAUUCAUAAAUGCACCAGUCUUCACAGUGACUUGUUACAAUUACUUGAAAUCGUUCAGAAAAUUGGAGAUAAUAAGGAGCUCUGCCUUAUAGCCAGCAUAAAAUGUAAACAUAUCAUACAGCAGGCAUUGACUCUGCUUGGAAAGUCUGUCAAGAUGUUUAAGGUCCAGGGGAAGUCUGAGCACAAUGUGAGAAUAACAAGUGAUUCAAACACAUGCUGGAUCCAAGCUAUAUGUGCUCUCCCAGAUGGGCAGGUCCUGAUUGCAGACUACGAUAAUAAGAGAGUCAAGCUUCUGAGCCAGCAGUACCAGGUGGUGAGUCACUGGGAUGUGAAUGCUUAUCCACAGGCCAUAUGUUUGAUCACACCCAGUGAGGUUGCUGUGGCUGUGAAUAUUAGCAACAUACAUGAGGUCCAGUUUAUCACUGUCAACCAGGGAAAGCUUGUUCCUGGCAGGAAGUUUCAGUUACAACAUAAAUGUACAGAUAUUGCCCAUCACCAAGGAGACCUUUUUGUCACCUCUAGAAAAGAACUGUACAAAUACACACUGAGUGGCAAACUGAUCUGCAGACUCUAUGAAGAUUUGGAUUAUACACUAGAGAAGUGUGCUGUGAGUCCCACAGGGGACAAGCUGUACAUCACCAUCUGGGACCAGAACAAGCUUCUCACCCUGGCCAGGGAUGGCACACCCCUGGCUACAUUGACAGACCCAGAACUAGUGUGGCCAGAAGGUCUACAUGUGACCCCUGCAGGCCAGGUGCUGGUCUGUGGAGCCUGGUCCUACACUGUACUACAGGUGGGCUGGGAGGGAGAGAGAAAGCUGGCUACGCUGGCUACUCAAAAGGAUGAAGUGAGGCACCCAGCGUCAGUCUGCUACAGCAGCACUACAUCAUCCAUCAUUGUGGGACAGUGGGGGGACAACAUCCUGGUGAUCAGAGUGGAAUAGUGUGUACAUUUGCUGCUGAGUCGGGACAACAAUGCUGAGGAUGUGGGGGACAAGCAUGACGCAGAAGGAGAGCACCAGCAUUAAUAUCGAGUUGGCCAAGCAACAGCACCAGUCUGGCCUGCAGGAGCCCCAAUACAGAACCAUCCUUUCCCUCCCCUGAUCCCUAGCUCCUCCCACUGGACCUCCGGCCUCAAAGGGUCAGCAUCGUUACACAAGUCUGUGCAAUAAAUCCUCAGCACGUCAAGUUUUCACGCGCUGUUAUGAACAACCGAAAUAUCCGUGUCGAGAUUUACCCAAGCAAGCCCGAGUAGUUUUGUUUAGCUCUAGUGCAAGAGUGGGAUGAGUGUUACAGAAGCGAGACGUUAUAGCAGUACUUAUGGUAAUGCUAACAGUUAACGCAAACAGUUAGUUCCUGCUGUGGACAUCACAAAGAAUCUCACGAAGAAUUAAACGUUGAAUAACUUGUUUAAUUCUUUAUAAGACAGCUAUAUAUUCAGCAAGGAACGAGAGAAAAAAAGGAACAAUUGAAAUGAUUCAUUCAGAAGUAUAUCUGCUGUAGAUAGUUAGGACAGUAGUAGCGUUACAGACUGUCCUCAGCGCACAAUAUAUUUAUGUGGUGCACCACAGACGCAAAUUCCCCCCAUUAUUGAAAACAAGUUGCUAAAAGUAAACACGUCCGGUUUUGCACUCCGAGCCCAAAGGGCAUUGCAUUGAAUUGAGACUAAAGAAGGCUAAAAAACAUGACACCAGUUUUGUUGUAUGCUCCAGUACACCCUUCGACUCUCAGCCCGAAGUUAAUCAGAACUCAAACUCGGCCCUUAACAAUAUCCGCGAGGCCAGCAUAUAAGCUCAGCUUCUGAGCUUCAGCAACUGCUAAGCACAGAAGACAAAGGAGUAGUGAAAGGCUCAGCCAAAUCAAAGUCCAGCAAUGUGAGGGUGACACAGCCUUUCCAUGUCCUGGUAUUGCAACAUGAAGGACAUUUUAGCUGAAACUAACAAGGGAGAGAACUGUAGAUCUGCACCAGCAAGCACCAGCAUUGAUAUCGAGUUGGCCCAGCAACCGCACGAGCCCUACCUGCAGGAGCCCCAGUCCAGAAUGACCCUUCCCCUCCCCUGACUUCUAACUCAUCCCCCUUGACCUCCUGACUCAAAAAGUCAGCAUGAUUGAAUAACUCUGUUCUGCAGGAAAUUCUGAGCAUGAUUCUGUUCUGAACAAACGCAAUGCCCAUGUCACGUUUUCCAAACAUAAGCCUGGGUAGUUUUGUUAAGCUAGAGUUCCCUGUGGGCCUGAGAGGGACAAGUGUUACAGACACGAAAAGUAAUAGCAGUAGUUAUGGUAACGCCAACAGUCAGUUGUUGCUGUUGGACAUCACAACAAUCAUGAAAAAUAAAACGUUCAAUAACUUGUUCCAAUCUUUAUGGGACAAACAGAAAUUGAACGGGAGAAAAUCAAGGAACAAUAAAAGCGUAAGCUUUCCUAGUGGGAUACUUCUGCUGUUAAUAGUUUGGACGACUGUAGGGUUACGGACUGCCCCAGAUUGUCCUCUCAGCGGCCAAAAUAUCAUAAUAGAACGGACUUUUGGCAAUGUUACUGACAAACAAAGGGAGUAAUGACUUGGUUGUGAAUACCCAGAGCACUAGACAUCCAUGCUGACAAAGAAAGGCAGUAAUGACUUGGUUGUGAACACCUCGAGCACGAUACAUUCAUGCUGACAAAGAAAGGCAGUAAUGACUUGGUUGUGAACACCCAGAGCACAAUACAUCCAUGCUGACACAGAAAGAAGUAAUGACUUGGUUGUGAACACCCAGAUCACGAUACAUCCGUGCUGAUACAGAAAGGCAGUAAUGACUAAGCUGUGAACACCCAGAGCACGAUACAUCCAUGCUAACACAGAAAGGCAGUAAUGACUAUGCUGUGAACACCCAGAACAUAAUACAUCCAGGCUGACACAGAAAGGCAGUAAUGACUUGGUUGUGAACACCCAGAGCACAAUACAUCCAUGCUGAUACAGAAAGGCAGUAAUGACUAAGCUGUGAACACCUAGAGCACGAUACAUCCAUGCUAACACAGAAAGGCAGUAAUGACUAUGCUGUAAACACCCAGAACAUAAUACAUCCAGACUGACACAGAAAGGCAGUAAUGACUUGGUUGUGAACACCCAGAGCAAGAUAUAUCCAUGCUGACACAGAAAGGAAGUAAAGACUAUGCUGUGAACAUCCAGAGCAAGAUAUAUCCAUGCUGAAACAGAAAGGCAGUAAUGACUAUGCAGUGAACACCCAGAGCAUAAUACAUCCAUGCUGACACAUAAAGGCAGUAAUGACUUGGUUGUGAACACCCAGAGCACAAUACAUCCAUGCUGACACAGAAAGGCAGUAAUGACUUGGCUGUGAACACAGAACACGUUACAGCCAUGCUGACACAGACAGGCAGUAAUGACUUGGCUGUGAACACAGAACACGAUACACCCAUGCUGACACAGAAAGGCAGUAAUGACUUUGCUGUGAACUCAGAGCACAAUACAUCCAUGCUUACACAUAAAGGCAGUAAUGACUUGGCUGUGAACACAGAGCUUAAUACAUCCAUGCUGACACAGAAAGGCAGUAAAGACUUGGUUGUAAACACCCAGAGCACAAUACAUCCAUGCUGACACAGAAAGGCAGUAAAGACUUGGUUGUUUAAACACCCACAGCACAUUACAUCCAUGAUGACACAGAAAGGCAGAAAAGCCUUGGUUGUUAACACCCAGAGCACAAUACAUCCAUGAUGACACAGAAAGGCAGUAAAAACUUGGUUGUUAACACCCAGAGCACAUUACAUCCAUGAUGACACAGAAAGGCAGUAAUGACUUGGCUGUGAACACAGAACACGAUACACCCAUGCUGACAAAGAAAGGCAGUAAUGACCUUGCUGUGAACACAGAACACGAAACACCCAUGCUGACACAGAAAGGCAGUAAUGACUUGGCUGUAAACACAGAGCACAAUACAUCCAUGCUGACACAGAAAGGCAGUAAUGACUUGACUGUGAACACAGAGCACAAUACAUCCAUGCUGACACAGGAAGGCAUUUAUGACUUGGUUGUGAACACAGAGCACAAUACAUCCUUGUUGACACAGAAAGGCAGUAAUGACUUUGCUGUUAACUCAGAGCACGAUACAUCCAUGCUGACACAGAAAGGCAGCAAUGACUUGGAUGUAAACACCCAGAGCACAAUACAUCCAUACUGACACAGAAAGGCAGUAAAGACUUGGUUGUAAACACCCAGAGCACAAUACAUCCAUGCUGACACAGAAAGGCAGUAAAGACUUGGUUGUAAACACCCAGAGCACAAUACAUCCAUGCUGACACAGAAAGGCAGUAAAGACUUGGUUGUAAACACCCAGAGCACAAUACAUCCAUGCUGACACAGAAAGGCAGUAAAGACUUGGUUGUAAACACACAGAGCACAAUACAUCCAUGCUGACACAGAAAGGCAGAAAAGACUUGGUUGUUAACACCCAGAGCACAAUACAUCCAUGCUGACACAGAAAGGCAGUAAAGACUUUGUUGUAUACACUGAGAGAUCCAUACAUCCAUGGGGUGUGCCACAGACUCAAAUUACGCCCACUAUUGUGAACAAGGUGCUUAAAGUGAACAUGUCUGGUUUCUGUUUUCUGUUUUGUUAUGAGCACUUAGCACUCCGAGCCCAAAAGGCCUCACAUUCAAUUGAGAAGGCUUUGAAAAUGACAGCAGUUUUGUUGUGUGGUCCAGUACGCCCUUCGACUCGCAACCUGAAGAAAGCAGAACUCAAACUCGCCUCUUAGCAAUAUCAACAAGGCCAGCAUGUCAUCUCAGCUUCUUGAGCUUCAGUGAACUUUACUAGCAAACUUGACAAACGUCAUUGAAGUGAAAGUCGAUGACAACCCCCUUCUUGCACACAUACUACAACUCGCUUAAGAAAUUCAGCAUGAAGACAUCUUGCGUCAGACUACCAAGCCUCCUAUCAAUAUCUCCUCCCAUGUUGGCUACAUCAACACUUCCAACAGCAGAGCCUUGGUGAGUUCGACUUCCGUCUCAGCAUCGAUGUCGCUUAGCAACAAUUGGAUGAUGGGCGUCGACAAAUUAGGCCGGACAAGUCGCUCGAACUGAAACGAUCUGAUUCAACAGGUAGAGCAGGCGUUGCGUGACACGUCUGUUAAUGUGACUGACCUCGAUAUGUUGUUCUCAAAUAAUGUGAACCUUAGGCCUGGAGAGCAGUAUGCGAUUGACGCCAUUCAACAACAGUUGUUGUCUGCAAUUCUCGGGUUUGGGGUGGCGACUUCGGCGUCGGGACUCACUCCAUCUCUGUCUAUGGCCCAGUCGCAGCAGCAGCAGCAGCAACAAGAACAAUAAAGCCGGUUCCUACAGGAUCCCAUGCAGUCAUAGAUCGGUACCCAGCUGAACAACAGAAUGUCUGGUAAGCUGGGCCUGGAUAGGUGCAGCCAGUCUAAAGCUGGGGCUCCAAACUUUCCUGCCAAGUGGGCUGAUAUUACCUCUUCUACAAGGGACAUAUGUCAGUGAUGCGCAAAGAGCUGGUUUUCUGUUCACAGAGAAAAAUCCUAACAACUCCAACUCAGCCACUUCAUCUCAAUAGACAACCCGAAUAUCAAGGCGUUAAGUUUGUUCUGGAUGCAGUUACAGUCACAGCUUUCAAGCCAGCAGCUGUCAAUGUAUUGAGAUUCUCUCCUCUCCAUGUUAUCUGACCUGCUGCCUGUGAACAUCCUGCACAUAGACCCUUUAUCCCAAUCGAUGUAAUUAAACCGGCCAAUCAAAAAGACAGCCUGGUACAGCACUUGUCAUUAGAUUGACGCCAUGCAUGCCUUUGAAGAUCAUUUAUACAUACAAUUUAAGCAUGAUAGUCAAUAAGUGCCUGCGUUGGCUUCUUAAAAGACUCGCAGUUCUGAGCAUUAACGAUGGAAUUCCUCAUCUUGAAAUAUUGGGAAGGCAGGAAAACACCUGACAAUAUUUAACUUAUUUAUUGUAUAAACAAGACAUGCUUAUUUUUAGUUUUUACCUGUAAAAUAGCAAUAUGUGCUAGAUAAGAUAAUUGAUCAGAACGGUUCAUAAUUGUGAUGCUUCUAUUUGGAUUUGUCUGUCAUUCUGUCUGUGUACAUUUCUCAUCAGUUUGCUCUUUUGAGACAGUAUUUUGUCAAGAAUUUCAUGUAGUGAUGUAAUAGUAAAAUAUCAUAUUAUAAUUUGAUUUAUUCAAAGUAUAUUAACCUUCUGUUAAUUAUCAAUUUAUUUAUUGACAACAGAUACUUUGUUUAAUAUUAACAAUAGUUAAGCGCGUUAUAAAAAUUGUGUGAAUGUACAUGCAUAAUAUUGCGAUAAUUAAUGCACACAUUAGGGGAAAAACUAUAUAAAUAAAGUGGAAUUUAGAAGUGCAUCUUAAUUGUAAUGGUUUAAAUAUUAAAUAGGAUGCUUUCAUUGUUGAAAAUAUUAUACUAAUUCAUCCACAAGUAAUUUUGUUUCAAAGUGAGUAUUUUCAUGAAUAAUGAUCCUAGAUAUGGUUGUAGAUUGUUCUUGUUGUAUCAUAUACUGACAUGCCCAUCAUUUGUGUUGACAUUUGCAUUCUAGCAUUAAAAGUUCAUUAUGCUUUAAAUAUUUGUAUGUUCACAUUUGCGACCAGCUUUUCUAAUGUAAUAAGUGAAUAACAUAACACAGAUUUAUGUGUCACUGUAUAUACGUUUAUUUUGUCAUUUGUUAAUAGAUCAUCUGCAAAGCUUAUGUUUUUGUUUGUACAUUAUUCAUAAAAUGUUGCCAUUUCAAACAGAUACAUUCACUGUUUGAAUUCAUUUGUACAAAAUUGUUUCAUAUAAAACAUCAUUUACAUAUCAGGCAAUAGAGAAAGAAUUGCUUUGGAUGAAUGAGCGCAUUAACCUGUAUAGUAAAUUAAGACAUGCAGAAUAUCAGAUUAUUAACAUAAUAAUAUACUUUAAGCAUUAGAAACACCUUGUUUUAUGUUAAGCUUUUCAGUUAAUAUAAUUAAGCAACU